AUGGCGCGGCGGCUCAUCGUCCUCGCGGCGAGCUGCAGCGCCUUGGCGCCGCGCGCGCCCGUGAAGCCCACGCAGUUCUUCCGCGGCCGCUUCGACGGCAAGCAGUUCCGCACGGAGCCGCUGGAAGCGGCGACCUUCGACGAGUUCAGCACGGACGAGGGCGCCGCGGCACCGGGAAACCCGCAGCUCUUCACGGCGGACGGCGCGCCGCUCAUGACGGCGCCCUGCUGCAUUAAAGUGGUCGGCGUCGGCGGCGGCGGCGGCAACGCGGUGAAUCGCAUGGUCGAGACGGACGCGGGGAGUUUUGUGGAUUUUUGGGCGAUGAACACGGACGCGCAGGCAAGGUCGCGGUGUUACGGUGCCUUCACUUCUUCAAUACGACUCGUCUCCAGGAAUGAUGGAAUCGAUCCGCGCAGGCGCUGUCGCGGUCGCUGGCGGGGAACACGAUGAAUAUCGGAAGAGAGACGACGCGGGGCCUCGGUGCGGGCGGCACGCCUGAUGUGGGCCAGGCCGCGGCGGAAGAGUCGCGCGCGGAGAUCGCCGCCGCCUUGUCGGGCGCGGACAUGGUUUUCGUCACCGCGGGCAUGGGCGGCGGCACCGGGAGCGGCGCCGCGCCGAUCGUGGCUUCCGUAGCGAAGGAGCUCGGGGCGCUGACCGUGGGUGUUGUUACCAAACCCUUCGGCUUCGAAGGUAGGAAACGGGCGCAGCAGGCGGCGCAGGCCACGGCGCGGUUGCAGGAGGCCGUCGACACAUUAAUUGUGAUCUCCAAUGAUCGGUUACUACAAAUCGUGCCGGAAGGGACGACGAUGGAGGGCGCCUUCCUCGUCGCCGACGACAUCCUGAGGCAGGGCGUCGUCGGCAUCAGCGAGAUCAUCAUCAAGCCCGGGUUGAUUAAUGUGGACUUCGCCGACGUUCGGUCGAUCAUGACGGACGCGGGCACGGCGUUGAUGGGCAUCGGCCAGUCCAAGGGCAAGGACCGAGCCGCCGAGGCGGCGGGCUUGGCGACGUCGUGUCCGCUGCUCGAUUCGCAGUUCACGGCGGCGAAAGCCGUGGUCUUCAACAUCUGCGGCCCGCCGGACCUGACGCUCGCCGAGGUCAACGCCGCCGCGGGCGUGAUUUACGAAAACGUGGCGGCUGAUGCCAAUAUUAUAUUUGGCGCGUCCGUCGACGAGAACAUGGGCCAGGACGUGUCGGUGACCGUGCUGGCGACGGGCUUCGAGACGGGCUUGAUGGACGCGUUAGGGGAUGAGGUGUCUGCCGAGGGGGGCAUGCCCUACUUCGGCGGCGAACCGGCAGCGCCGGCGGCGCCUGCAGCUAAUCCGGUGGCGCCGGCGAAGAAGUCGGGCUUCCUCAAGCGGCUCGGCCGCUAGGUCGUCUCCCCGGGUAAGUGGCGGGCGACUCUUUCUCGGUUCUCUGGACUCGUGGGCCGCGUCCUUCAUGACUGCGUACCUCCUUCUAAGCAGAACCGCCUCGGAAAAACAGCCCCUCUCUAUCUGGUACGGCUAAAUAAACCCUAGUGCCUCUCAUCCCGCUAGCCUGAAAAAAUUAGUGGUCAUUUGCCCGCCGGCGCCCGCGUCGGUAGAGCUCGCAGCCGCCCGAGCGGUGGUCACAACGCUUGUGCGUGGUCCUUGGAUACUGCCUCAGAAGCCCUGCGCUGCGCCGCAGCCGCAAGUGCUCCCUACAUCGGAGAGCAACCAAAAGCAUGCCGACCGCCGACGUCGACACCGAGAACGCCGCCGUGCUUACCGUGCUGCGGGAGGCCGACGCGUUCUACCGCGAGCAGCAGCGGCUAGGGCGGACCGUGCGGCGAGGCUUCCUCGAUUUAGCGAAAGCCAGGCAGCAGCACGGAGCCGGGAGCAUCUCCGCGCUGAACCUGAGGAAGGACCUGGAAGCCCAGCAGUCGGUCGUACCUGUGGAAGAUUUCGAAAAAUGUAGCAUCCAGGACCUGUCCGCGGCGACGCCGUUCCGACUGCGACGGGGCCCGCCCGGCGAGGCGCGCGAACCGGCCCUCCCGGAACCUUCUGAGCGGCGCCUGCGCCAGCGCAACAACGGCGACAGCCCGUCCGAGAGCGUGUCUUCGGCGGACGAGGGGACCACCGGCGAGCAGGACACGAUGCUGCUCUUCGCGGGCAUGCCGCCUCCAGCACUACGCAAGGCGAAGCGCGAGUUCGUCAACGCGCUGAACCAGGCCGUGCGGCUGGCGAACUCGGCGCGGCGGCUGGACCGGGCGCUCAAGGUGCUGGAGUUGGCGGACACGGCGGGGCAGGACCCGCCGCUGGCCGAGUCGUCGGCGCCGGGCCAGGACCCGUCGCUGGCCUUCUAG